AUGGAGGGGCACAAGAAGGAGAAGCGUUAUGAGUGCGACGUGUGUGGCAAGGCCUGGCAGACCCCGGGCCUGCUGGAGACCCACCGGCGGGUUCACACGGGAGAACGCCCCUUCACCUGCUCGGACAAAGGCUUCAAGUCGUCCACGCAGCUGAAGUUACACAGACGUGUGCACACCGGGAAGUGGUCCUACACCUGCAGCGACUGCGGCCAGGGCUUCACCAAGUCCAGCAGGUUGCUGGUGCACCAGCGCACCCACACCGGGGAGCGGUCCUACACCUGCAGUGACUGCGGCAAGGAUUUCACCAAGAGCUUUGCCCGGUUGUCGGGGCUGCGGGAGCACCAAAAAGUCUUCAAGUCGUCCACGCAGCUGAGGUUGCACAGGCGCGUGCACACCGGGCUGCGAAGGCACCAGCUCACCCACACUGACGAGCAUCCCUACACCUGCGCCCAGUGCAACAAGAGCUACACCCACACCAGCAACCUGCUAUACCACCAGCGGGUGCACGCCAGCGAGCGUCCCUUCCCCAGCUCGGGUUUAGGAACCGUUGUUGUGGACGGAGAGACUGGGACGUGA